UAGAUAGGAGAUUUUCUCAUUAAUUCUCUAUCAUUUUUAAUUUAUUAGACCGCACUUAUGGACCAACAUAUUUUUCUAAGGAUUCUAAAAAUUAUUGUGGUGAUGACAUGUGGCUACAAAAAUAUGUCGUAAUGUUUCCCUUUUAAUAUAUAGGAGAUUUUCUUUUGUUGUUAAAUCCAAAAAUUAUUAAGUACCCUAGUUAAUGUUGCUCUAAGAAGCUUAUUAAUGUACUACAAGUGCGGCCCAUAAAAGAGAGAUAAAAACACGAGAGAACAGAAGUAAGUUGAUAAAGCAAAGUUGAUCGGAAGUUUCCCAGAGAAAUCGAGUUACUAAUGACGACGACGCAAUCAGCAAGUAGGAUCGAGAAAGUGGUCGUUCAUCCACUCGUCUUGCGCAAUAUCGUCGACAAUCACAACCGCAUCGCUAAGGACUCGGGAAAGCGUGUUGUCGGUGUUCUUCUCGGCAGUAGAAGCUCCCGUGGUAUCGUUGGUGUCACCAACAGCUACGCAGUGCCCUUUGAGGAGGAUGGCAAAGACCCAAGUAUCUGGUCUUUUGAUGGCGACCACCAUGAGUACAUGUUGAACAUGUUCAACGGCCUUAAUGACAAGGAGGAUGUGGUCGGUUGGUACAGCACAUGCCCCAACCUCAGAGAAAAUGAUUUGGCUGUUCACGCUUCUAUCUUUAGGAGCUGCAGCUAUGUUCUCAAUCCAGUUGUGUUGGUCACUAUUGACGUCCAGCCUCAUCAACUUGGAAUUCCCACAAAAGCUUACUAUGCAGUGAAUUCUUCUCUCGGAAGCAGCAAGGAAGCCUUCGUCCCUGUGUCUACAGAAAUUGCUCCUCCUCAAGUCGAGGAGAUCGGUACGUCCAAGCCUGUCUUUUGGUUAAUUGUAUCUGAGCGAGAGGAGUCUUCUCACACGUACAUGGUUAAAUUUAUUCUUGAUUUCUAACAGGCCGGAGUAUCCUGGUGACUGAGAUGACUCCGGGUGGUGAUAAUGGCUUGGUUGAUAGUAUCGAAGCUAACUAACUACCUGUCCCUCCAAAACAGGGUUAGGAUUAGUGUUUCAGGAUAUGACACUUCGCUUGAUGCUCUUGACCUUGUUAGCUAUUUGGAGAAGCACUUUCAGUCUUGUGGUUUCCUGGAGAACAUUCAGGUGCCGAGACACCCGGUCACUAAUGCAAUUACCGACAGAUGUACUACUGUGACUCUCAGCGGAGAAUGGGCAACAGAGAAGGCAUUGGCACUCAACGGAAGUGAUGUGGGAGGAUGGAUAGUUUCUGUCACCGUUUUACCACCUGAGAUUAGUGAGAUGGCUUCUGGGAUGAGUGCUCGUGAAUAUGCACUUCGUUACGUCGCCGGGACCCUGUCCAUGUAGCCGCUUCUCCCUCAGGCUCUCAGCUCAGUCAGUACUAUCUCCAUUUCGUUUUUUCUGUUUUCCAUUCUGCAUUGUCUAUUUUCUUUUGUUUCUGCAUUUUAGACAAAGCAUUUUUCCUGGUUUUUACUGGAUUUACCAUCUUUCUAGCAUAAGAAUAUAUGUCAGACUUUUACUGGAUCUUUACUAUCCUAAACCAUGCAUCUUAAUCAUCCCUAAUAAGUAAUAAUCGUAAAUUAAUUAUCGUUGUUACACUCUUUUUCUUCAUCAUCUGACACUUUGCUCAACUGUCCCUUGACGAGUACCUACGGUAGUAACAUUGGCCAGUGCACGGUUUAUUUAAAAAUUUAAGGAAUGCGAGGAGAAUCUUAUAUUACAAAUUAUAUGGCUUGUCGCAACUUUUCAUGAAUCUUAAAAUCUCUGAUGAUAACGUACCGUCGUUGCCAUGAUAUGAUAUGAUAUGAUAUUGGACUUAAAAGAACAACAUAAACAAAAAUAAUUAUGUGCGCAAAAAAGAAAAAGGUAAAUACUCCAUAAACAAGUUUAGAAGAUUUUUAUUACAUAAUGUUGAGGGUUAAAUUAACAGAAACUGGAAUAAUUUGCGUAUCAAAAACGAAAGGAAUGAAUAAAAUUCAAUAGUAUACAAAUAUGAAGAAAAAGUACUGUUUUCUAUGUUUUCUUUUUUGGGUUAAAAGGCUGUCUAUGUGUUACCAUGUUGAUAUUAAGAUGUUUGUACAAAUUACCCUGUUACUAUUAGUUUCGUUAACGAACUAUUUGAUUACCAGUGACAUGACGGCCUCUUUGAGGCAAUCAAAAGUGGUUAUGAUCCUACGUUUAUAAUGUUGAUAACAAAAAAAAAAAGGAAGACAUUUGGUAUUCUACGUUCGUUCAGUUGUUGCGGUCUUUGGUUGUGUCCACAGUUGUCCUUCAGUUCUUCCCUUCGUGUUAGUGGUUGUGUCGGUUUCCUCCAUGUGGCUCUUGUUCUUUCCGUCGUGGUUUCGUUUGAAGCCCUGUGUUAGUUUAGGUCUAAUAUAUGCUAUUAGCUUGCCAUCAAUGUUCCCCUUUAUUUUUGUUAUGUUUUGCGUGUUAGUUUCGGCCUUUCAUUUGAUUUCAAGAUUGCUUUGGUUUUGCUUAGUUUUUCUUUUUAAACAUUUAGUUCUUUUUGGUAAAAUUUUUGAUUUUUUUUUUCCAUUUUUCUAGCUAUGUAAUUUACUAUGUGUGUUUCUUUGGUUAUAAUCUCUUAAUUAUUUAUACAACGGUUUUUUUUUUUUUGCGAACUUACAACGGUUUUUUGGUUCAAAAUAUAAACUUGUUUGCGGGGGUUCUAAGUUUAAACAUGUUUGUAAAACAAUAAAGCAUGUGUGUGAACGUGAUAUGAAUUAGUAUAAGAAUAAAAGAAAAUUAUGAAAGGAGAAAAAGAAAAAGACGUGUUGCCUAACAAAUGAUGUAUUGGUAAGAAAAUGCAAUGAAGAUUAUUACUCUUGCUUGUGGAAAAUGAAAGCUAUAUGCACGGUUUAAUACUUACGUCUUUCUUUCUCCUUUUUUUGUCACAAAACAAAUUCAUUCAUUCAAUUAGGUUGGUGGGGGAAUUAACUCCACAACCACCUCUUGUUCGAACAGAGCCAGAGCAUUCUUUGCUAUUACAUCUGCAUUUACGUUUUUUAAACGGGGAAUCCAUCUAAAGACAGCACUCUCAAAGACCAGCGACAUAUGUAGUAUGUCUUCCACAUUUCCAUAUAGUUCUAGCGGCACUUCUCUCCUGUUGAUGGCCUUGAUCAAUUGGGCAGAAUCAGAUUCAAAUCUUAUUGAUCUCCUUCCUUGGGUUUGGCAAGCUGUAACCGCAUCUCUAAGUGCUAAACCCUCCGCAACCAGUGGCGACGGGAUGAAACUGAUACCUCUUUUCCCGUAGCUGCUCUGCUCCGGGUUUGUGACGAUCCAGCUCAACCCUGCAUUAUGCGUGGCUGAAGACCAGGCAGCAUCCGACUGUGCGACGGAGUCAGUCCGAGCAGUAGGCUCCAAUGGUCUUACCAGCACUCGCUUCUCCACUUGAACCUGCGCCCCUUCCCAUUCUUUAGCUGCGGGACCAAAAGAUCCAUGGGACUAAAGGUGUAGAUAUGAGACCUGUUGGAGGUAAGCAGCCGAGGGAGUGCAUCUCCGCCCAAUCCGCUCUCAAAUCUGUCAAUCCGCUAAUGUCAAAGCUUCCUGCAAGUGGGGAGUGAUUCCACACUUCUCUCGCAAAGAGGCAAUGAAACAAGAGAUGAUUGAUAGAUUCCGAGCCUCCGCAUCGUUUGCAUCGCGGGUCCACGUUGAUGUGUCGAGCUACCAGUGUUUCGCCCACCGGAAGGAUUCCCUUCAGGCUCUUCCAGGUAAACAUUUUAAUUUUAGGCGCUAAUUUCAAAUUCCAAACUGUCUUUUUCCAGUCAAAUUCAGAGGUCGCUUCAUCCUCAAGAAUCGCGUCCACUACCUCAGCCAUGGCCGCGUAGUAGCCAGAUUUCACCGAAUAUACACCAUCUUUUGUUCCUAACCAUCUAAGUGCAUCCGCAGCCCCUUUAAUGCUUGGCUGUAACUCCAGGAUAUGGUCUUCAUCAAAUGGUAGAAUGGCUUGGAUGACUGUUCUGUUCCAACCUCCGGUACCAGGCUGAAUGAGAUCUUUCACAACAAGGCUAGCUGUUUCCCGUGUAGCAGGGCCCAUGGGUCUGAGCGGCGUUUCUAGGCUUAGCCAAGGGUCGUCCCAUAUCAUAACAUCCAUUCCAGUACCAAUCACCCAGCCCAUGUUUUUGUUUAGGAGAUCUCUCCCUGCCAGUAUACUAUUCCAUCCAUGGGAGGCCGAGCUUGGGGCGGUGCAGGUCAGGAGGUUUCCGUCCGGACAGUACUUAGGUAGAAGGGUUCGACCCAACAGACCAUCUGGUUUCUCCAUGAGCCGCACACUGAUCUUGGCUAAGAAGGCCUCGUUAAAAGCUUGGAUAUCUCGUACUCCCAAUCCCCCCAUGCCUUUUGGUAAGGUUAGCUUCUCCCAUGCGAUCCAAGCCAUCUUCCGUUUGCCAUCGCCUCCGUCCCACCAGAAUCGUGUUAAGGCGGAUUGGAUCCGCUUACACAAGGAGAUUGGUAAUUUGAAGCAAGACAUUGCAUGUGAUGGGAUGGGGGUAAGUACACUCUGCAUCAUCACAAGUUUCCCGGCAGUCGAUAGAUAUCUAUUUGACCAACCACUCGCCUUUUGCUUAAUCCGAUCUACCAAGGAAGAAAAUAUAUCUCUCUUACGUCGCCCAAAAUGUUCCGGCAAUCCUAGAUACUUUCCGACCCCGCACUCCUUGUGGAUUUGCAGUGCGUGGUGGACUCUUUGUUUGAGCUCAGCCGGCGCCUUACGGGAGAAGGUGAUAGAGGAUUUGUCUCUGUUAACAACCUGACCAGAUGCCUCCUCGUAUGUCGCCAGGAUCGUCUUGAGGGCAGCUGUAGAUUCCUUGUUUGCAUUAAGGAAAAACAUAG